AUGACUUCGCGAUCAUUCACGCCUCUGCGGAGGACAUUUACCCAAUUCUCGGCUCGAAACGCUCGUUCUGCGGGUCACAAUGCUGGAAUGACAUUCCGAGGCUAUGCCACAGGGCAGAAGCCUAAGCCGCAAUUUACCGUUUGGCGUCCUUACCUGCGCCUCGCCAUUGGCGUGCCCUUUAUCGGUGCGAUCAUAUACUCCAUGGCUACCGGAGAAAUCACCGAGCUUGAUUCUCCGUCCAUUGUCGAGUUGGACGAAGCCUUGAAGCAUUCAUCUCCCAUCACCGAGUCUUCGCCCAUGCGCCUUCGGAUGGAGAAGCUCAUCAAGGACCACCAGCAGAAAAUCGUUCAGGAAUUGAGCAAGAUAGAUGGCAUGGAAUUCAAGCAAGAUGCCUGGACACGUCCCAAUGGUGGUGGUGGUGUCUCAUGCGUGUUGCAAGAUGGCAAUGUCUUCGAGAAGGCGGGUGUGAACGUCUCGAUCGUCUAUGGCGAGUUGCCCCGACCUGCUAUUGAGAAGAUGCGUGCCGACCACAAGUCCUUCGUUGGUGCCGGUGUGGACUCGCUCAGCUUCUUUGCUGCCGGUCUGUCUCUUGUCUUGCACCCGCAUAACCCCAUGGCUCCUACGGUGCAUCUGAACUACCGGUACUUCGAGACUUCAGACCCGAAGAAUCCUAUUAGUGGUGACAAGAACUGGUGGUUCGGCGGUGGUACCGAUCUUACCCCUACCUACCUCUUCCCUGAGGAUGCCCAGCACUUCCACAAAACCAUCAAGGAGGCCUGUGAUCGCCAUGAUGCGACUUACUACCCCAAGUUCAAGGCUUGGUGCGAUAAAUACUUCUACCUGCCCCACCGCGGCGAGUGCCGCGGUGUCGGCGGAAUCUUCUUCGAUGACCUUGACUCCAACUUCCUUCAAUCCUCUUCCAGCUCGUCUUCCAACCCACAGGAGACCCUGUUCUCCUUCGUCUCGGACGGCCUGGCCUCUUUCUUGCCAUCCUACGUGCCCAUCAUUGAACGCCGGAAGGACAUGCCUUAUACUCCAUCCCAGAAGGAAUGGCAACAGUUGCGCCGCGGCCGCUAUGUCGAAUUCAACCUGGUAUAUGACCGUGGUACCAGCUUCGGUCUACGGACCCCCAACGCCCGUGUUGAGAGUAUUCUCAUGAGUCUCCCACGUACCGCUAGCUGGGCCUAUAUGGAUCCAGUCUCGGGCACAAGGACUGAAAAUAUGCUUGUUGAUGAAGAAGAGUUGGGCGAGGAUAAGACCAGCGAAAAAGAGAUCAUGGAUGUCCUGAAACACCCCCGGCAGUGGGCAUAA